AUGUCCUCAACUAGCUCUGGCUGCUCUUGGACUGCCAACCAAAAGAAAGAUUUUGAAAACGCUCUGGCUGUGUUUGACAGGGACAUUACCAGUCGCUUGGAUAAUGCUGCCAAGGCAGUUGGCAGAAAAACCCAAGAGGAAGUCAAGAAGCAUUAUGAACUUCUUGUUGAAGAUAUCACGCUUAUUGAGCCUGGACCAUUGCGCACUAGGCGACCAUGCCAAUUCCAUUUUCAAUAUCAUGUCCAUGCCUACGAACGAUCUGAACGUGUAUCGAAUAUUGCCUAUGACCUUGAAAUGGCAAGUGCUCCGGUUAAAGAUCAAUAUGCGCGGGUGUACAUUACCAUUGGAGAUGGAGGGAAUAUUGAAGGCUUGGCAACCAAUAUGAGGGAGCCACAGCCAGCUUACUCAGCUUAUAGAGAGGCCAGUUUUGGUCAUGCCAUUUUUGACAUCAAGAACCAAACUCAUGCCUUCUACGGUUGGCACCAGAACGAUGAUGGAGUUGCAGUAAAAGCCGAUUCUAUGUGGUUUUUCAACAGAUUUGACCAUCCUGUUGAUGAUUCUACAAGUUCCCAAUCAUGAUCAUGGGGAAAGAAA